AUGACUGCAUUGCUCCAGAAAAAGUUCUCGUACUUGGUUUGUACUGUCUAAAUCACAGCAACUCGUACUAAAGUAUUGGGCUGGUUUUUAACGUUAAAAGGUAGACUGUUCUAGAAGCAGUACGAGAUGUUGUGGAAGCCCUUUUCAACCUCAGGAAUGAUUAGGUGGAGACAGCGCAUACCCACUUGCCUCCUGGCUUCAAAAACCAUUUCCUGAAGCAACGAGAGAUCCAGAGGAAAUAGCUUUCAAUAAAGCUUUGUUGGGUGCCAGGGUGGCUGUAGAGUGA